AUGGGCAGCGCUGGUGGUGAGUCGGUAUGCUUCGGGGCUUUAGAAAGGUAAGAGAAUCACAUUUGUCUUAGAAAUUAGAAAACUUCCUCCACCGUUUGGUUUGGGUUUCUUCACGCAUAUUUUGGAUCAUUUAGUAUUGAGGAAGUCCUUGCUUGUGUAAUUUGUGCAGUCAAGAGUUUGGGACGGUGCCUUAAUUUUGUAGCACCUAAUUGUGAAACAUUGCUUCGAAUCGAAACAAACGAAGUUGAAAUAACACCGAUCGGCAGUCUUCAAUCGAUAAGAUGAUUGCAGAAAACGAUCAAAUAAACACAUAGACCAAUAACUGAUAUUCAGAAAUUGGUAUUGAAAACAUAUCUCUCAGCAGUGAAGCACUCUUAUGUCGUAACAUGUUGAUUAUAAGCUCGUUUUGAUCGCUUAAUUGUUAUUUUCUUGCGAAAGCAAUGAAUACCAAUGAAUUUGUAGUUAAGAUAAAUAUAAUACUUCCUCAAUAACAUUCUGCGUUAAGAUAUUUAGCUGGACAUUGAUGAGGUUCAAGAGUCUUUUCAAUAAUUCCCUUACUCGUUUUUUUUUUGGUGUGUUCAUUUAUGGUAAUGUCGCCAUUUCCUGUGUCGCUGCUUGCGCAAAAUAAAGGAAUGUUGGAAUUUUUCAAAUCCCUUUGAAAAUGUCCGGUGAUGGCUAGUAAUUGAGGGGGGCAUUGGGGUCUAAUAAAAACCGAAAAACGGUAGAAAAAAAUUAUCCAAAACCGCAAAACCGCAGAAAAAUGCGAUCAAAACUGAUAACCGCACGCAAAACCGAUAAAUUUUCGCAUCACAGUUAUCUAACCCCUAAUCGAUCCGAUACAAUUAGACUGCUGACUUGUGGAGCAUACAGAGGUUUCGCGGCCAUUCGAGAUCAGUGGAGGCACAUAAUUUUCGCUCAGAUCGGGAAGAAACGGGAACCCAAAUAGGAAAAACCGAAAAUCACAUCGGAUAUCAAAUCCGAAGACCCAUUAGUGAUUUUUACGGACUGAAAACCGAAAACCAAAUACUAAAAAACGGAAAAUCCGAAGUUUAUUGGCACUACACGAGAAACCUAAAAAAAUAGCUGAAACCGUUAAACCGUAAAUCCAAAUGCCCCCCUUAGUAAUUGGUUUACGUAAGGGGAACGAACUUUGAAGUCGAAAUCAGGGAAAAAAUUAACAUUGACCGAGAUGACCUCGUUUUGGAAGAACAGACAGAUCGAUUAAGUCAUCGAUUGGAGACAUUGUGAUUAUUACAACGUUUAUGAUGUUUAUCUACGCCCCGAGACAACUGGAAUUACUUUGCUUUCAGUUUACAAUUCAAUACAUUGAUUACAAAUUGCGCGGUAAUUUAUAAUUGGAUAACACGAAUUUUCCCGGAAUAUCGCAAUCGAAGUUAAUGAUAAGCCUCUGUAGCUAUAGCUAUCGUAGCUGGCAGCAGUGGCAGCAGUGACAUUCGCUGAUAUUCAACAUGUCCAGUUUUUAGCAGGUGGUGUUAGAUUCCCCUUUUUUGAGAUAAACUUGCCGACUCAGAUCUUUGGAAAACGUGUGAGAAUAUCACGGGUCUUUCUCUCAAGUACCCACAGCUUCCGAAGUGCAUUUAAGCAUCGCCCACACAGCCAAUUAGGUAGAGAUUCUUUCAUUUCAUACCAUAGAUUUGAGCAACCAUGCAGAGAACCGUGUAUACACUUAACAUAUCGAGCGUGAUUGUCUAAUCCCUUCACAGAGAACAAGAGAUUGAAUUGCAAGGUGCUAUGGAGAGAGCAGACAGCUUCUACGCGGUAGCGUUGCUCGUUGCGGCAAUGUGUGCUUUGUGGAUCAUCAAAAGGCUCUACAAAGAUACAUUUUUGACUGAUUUUCGUGAGAAGUAUGUUUUGGUCACUGGUUGCGAUUCAGGAUUCGGAAGGGAAACUGCAUUACGACUCGACAGCCUGGGAUUCAAUGUAUUUGCGACGUGUCUAACGAGCGAGGGGAAAGAAAACCUAACCGCGGCGUGCAGCAAAAGGCUAUCCGCUUUGCACUUGGAUGUUACAGACUCGGAAGAAAUCAAGAAGACAUACAAGUUUGUGGCGCAGUAUUUACCUGAAAAUAGAGGUAAAUUACCGUAUAUUUAUUUUUUUCCUACUGAAUGUUUACUUUGAAUUGUUGAUCUAGUUUUUAUGAAUUAUCAGACAUAUUGUGUUGUCAUGUUCCAAGGUGAUUACAAGCGUGACACAGAUGUUGUCCUAAAGGAUUUCUGUUGUCGGUUGAAAUAGUUUAAAUGGCAUAAACUAUACGUGGAUAAACAAUUCACCUAGUAAUAAGCCAGUAGAUAAACAGAUCAGCCUGAGUAAUAAUAUUUUCCCUAAGUCUAAGUCCUCGAUAAAAAUAUAAAUACAACUUUUUAAUGAAAUUUUGAAAACGAGGAAAUUGGAGAUUAAACUAACACAGCAACACGCUUCCCUUCAGAAGGCAAGCAUGGGUUACACUCUUGGCUUCGCGAUUUGCGAUUUUGUCACAUAACUUCGCGACUCCAACGCAUGAUAAGUGUUUAAAAAUCAACGAAGAGAGGACAACGGAAAUGGCUCACUAAUUGAAGUAAAGUCCUCCGAAACCAUUUAAUUGAAGAUAUCUCUUUGACUCUUGCCCCAGCACGAGAUAGGAUGUUAUCAUCGAGGGGGGAGCAAGUUAUCGCAGAGUAUCGUUUCAGCGCUUAACGAGAUUGAACUUAUAAGCGAGGUACGAUCAUAUUCCCGGCUCAUUGUUGUAAAAAAAUGAGUCACUCAAUCAAAGACGAAAAUAGCUUUUAGACACGAAAUGCCUGGUGUCUGUAAUGACAUCAAACGCGCCGUGGAUGUUUCGUGUAAGGAUAUGUCACUAUGUAAAGUAUUCUAGCAAACAAUGGAAGCACUCGCGCCCCUCUUUAAACAAUCAAAUCAACCAUAACUGAAAGUGCAUGUUUAGAACCCAUUCAUGAGUAAGAAGAAUGGUCUAAUAAAGAUCUAAAUACGGUUUCCCAAAAUAGCCGCAUAAAUUUGGUUAAAAACUUAGCUUGAGAUCAAAGCCAUUCAAAAGCCGCUUUCUUUUUGAAAAUGUUUUUAAAAGGUGCCUGCUUGAAUUAUUCUCUACUUUGGAAACUGAAAAUAGUGUACGUGUUUCUUUUAGCUUUAACGGCACAUUCUUUGAGUUUUCGGUCAGACCUCCUUGUGCACGAAUGCAAUUGUCGGUUUCUCCUUGAAUGGCAGAAAAAAAUUCUUUUUACCUUUUUAUUAUACUUCAUAUCCGGCCAUAAAAUGCCUUAAAUGGCUUUGAGAUGGUAAGCCUUAAGAGGGAGAAAAACAUUUUUCACGGAAAACAUCUAUUCCUGUUUCAGCGAAAUAAUACGAAAAGGAAUGUUAAUUUCAUAAACUGACGCUUCGUACUGUGAUAUCUCUGUCCAGCUUUAAUACAAUAGCACCAUUGAUCAAAAAAAUAUUAUGCUACCCUCUCUUUCAGCGCACAGUAUACAUCUAUUUGAAGUUGUGCGAGAGGUAUAAAUAGAAGGGUAGCAGACGAUUGUUCGAUGCACGCCCUUAAACACUUUCGCUUUAAUUGUCAUUUCCGGUAGGAACGUUGGUCAGCUUUCGUUUGGAUUAAUUAUUUUGGUAUAUUAAAUUUAUAACGAACUGAGAUGAGCACGGGUGAUAAACUUAUUCGAUAAACAAACCGAGCUGCAAACUCGUUCAUCGCAUGCGUCAAACCGAUAAAGUCAUGCACAUGUACAUGUAAAGUAAUUAUUUCAUUUGGAAAGCUCUUCAAAUAAGCUCCCUCCGACUUAUCCACCCUCAUGUUUAUGGGAAUUAGUGUAUAUUUCAAAUAGCUGCACGACGAUACCCUCACUUUCACAUGAUAUACAGAAUAUUGUUUUGACCGACUCGAAAAAAAAAUUGUUUUUGGGGUGUUGUUUAGUUGAUAAAGGACGGUCUUAAAAAUGAACUCAACACACCUGUGACAUGAGGUUCGUAUACAACCCAAGAAGUCUUCUAGGAGAGUAAAGAAGGGGAUCUCGACCUUCCUCCCCCCCCCUUUACCUCUACGUGGCAACUUUUUUUAAAAGUCAACAAAACACCAGCUUCAUAAAUCUAGUUUUGAAAACGCGAAAGUCCGAAGAAUCUGUAUGAGACAAAUCUUUCCUUGUAGUAAAUGUUCCAUCUGCUGCGUGAGUACAAGCUCGCUGAUACGCAAGGUAGAACAGUGGUCUAAGCUGCUUCACGGAAGGUGCGCGGAAAUUUUUAACCAUGACCUCCUUUUUGAAAAAUCAUCCCCACGCCCCAUUCUUCUCACUGCAAUACUAUACCCACUCUUAAAGGAUCUUUGUAAAAUUCCGUUAAUCCCUAAAAAGUGACCAUGAUAUUAUUUUUCCUGAAUCAAACAUUUAGUUUAUAAAAAAUUUAAGGUUAGACUACAGGCAAACCCUCCCUUUCGGUGAAUUUGGUCGCAUGAGUCAAAGGAAAAAAAGGGAAAAGAAAGAAAAAGGUUAGCGCGCCACGCGGAACUUUUCGUGCGCCUCACUCCCAGAGUUUCCUGCUUCGCGUUAGUAUCAAAUGUUUUCACUGAUUUAUUUUACUCUCCCGACGGACUUCACCAAAAAGGAGGGACUUCUCGUUGUCUAUAUUCAGGUGUAAAGGGUCGAAAUAAUCGCGUUAUAUCUUGCAGGUUUGUGGGGUCUGAUAAAUAACGCUGGCAUCGCUAAAGUUGGACCGAUUGAGUGGCAGACUAUUGAAGAGUUUAAACAAAUCGCAGAUGUGAACCUUUGGGGACUGAUUGACGUCACCAAGGUGUUCUUACCGCUGGUCAAAAAGGAGCGAGGACGCAUCAUAAACCUCGCUAGUAUCGGAGGUGAGAAAGUCGAGCAAGUUUCAAAGAAUCUUGAAAAGCAGAGGGCUCUAUGAUAGCAAUAAAUUGCAUGAAUCUGCUACUCAGUAACCUUCCUUAAGGAUGGUCAAACGUCACGCUGUUUUAUCACUGACUGACCAGGGACGGCCUAGUUCCAAACUUGAAAAAUCCUUAUCAAAUUUGUCGCUAUCAAAACUUGGAACUACUUUGGUAUCAUGCAACUCGGUCGAAUAUUCACCUCACAGAACAAGAUAAAAACAUACUCUUCGUUCUGCUUUCUGUAGGUAGAACGUGCUUACCUCACGCAUCAGCAUAUUCCAUUUCCAAGUUUGGUGUAGAGGCAUUUUCGGACGCUCUCCGUCGUGAACUGGGUCCGACUGGUGUCAAGGUCAGUAUUGUGGAACCAGGCUUUUUUCAGACAAAAAUCACCAAUCCCGACAACCUCAAGGGUCAGUGGCAGGACCUCUGGACCAACCUGAGCCACAGUUUAAAAGAGGAGUACGGAGAGAAGUUCUACGAAACUAGUGAGUAGAUUUUAUUUACUUAAUCCUAUCAACAAGUAUGACGCUAGUGAACAUCCGAAAGACCUUAACGUGGAAAAUUUAGGAGUUCUGCUGCAAGAGUUGUUACUCGCUAUCGCUAACUAAAUAUAUAUUUUCUUUAAAGCGCAUUUGAUCAUUCAAAUUACCUGUGAGAGCAAGACAUAACUCAAAAAUUUAGAAGUUUUGUGAUGCGCCCCACUUUCUGGCAUCGGAAUUGAUGGUUUCACUGACUAGCAGAAUAAAGCCAUAGCUUUACAGUUUCCUUUGACAGCUAGAAAAGUAUGACAAGGUUUCCUUUGACUAGUAUCCCUGCCCAUGCUUUCCCUGUGCCAGGUCUCGAGGAGGGAGAGUUUUCGAAUAAACAUUCGCCUCCAUCGUUGCCGCUAUUUUGUUUGGUCUCUGAACACAAUGCGUUCAAUCCGCCAUAACCAUCUUUCUAGUUGUUGUUUGGUCUUCUAACGCUAUAAGCCCUAUCCCAGACCAACGAGAUUUGGACCAUGUUGUUUAUUACAUGACUUGGCAAGUUCUCUCGUCCAGGAAACUGUUCAAGAUUAUAAUGAGAACCACACUCUUGCUAAUAUUCUUUGAAAAGUGUCACGAGCAAGUUUUCUACGCGAACACCUUUCUGUCAACAAGUGCAACUUUGCUGUUCUAAAUGAAGUGUAAUUUUAUUGCCUUAGCGCUUGUUUCAUUAUAUUAAUGUUGUUAUUUUGUUUUAAUUCCAGGCGUUAAGAACAUGCUAACAGGAAUGGUAGACACAUGUGCCUCACCCCACCUGUACAAAGUAGUCGACGCCAUUGUUCACUCACUGACGUCAAGAUAUCCCAAGACCAGGUACAUGGUUGGCUGGGAUGCUAAGCUCCUCUGGAUUUGGGUCUCUAGGCUUCCAGCAGGUGUUGGAGACGCCAUAUUGAAUUUUUUGGGUGACAAAGCUGAACCUAUCGUUUGCACAGGAGCAGUACCGCGGCCGUGCAAAGGUUUAGGAAAACUAAACGGGAACAAUAAUUCAGAAAAAGCUUUUGCUCUCACGAAGUGAGAUGAUGUGGGAAGUGUUUUCUUUGAGUUUGAUUAUCAUUUGUGAAUGGCUAUUCUGCAUUCGAUCGGUUUUUAUCUUUUUUAACCUCGCCCCUCUCUUCGAAGCCGUUGAGAGCGUGAUGUUUGCGCGGCAAAGCAACGCCAUCGGGUUUUACAUAUUUUACCUGUUUAGCUAAUAGUGAAGAGGGAAGAAAUGGCUUUAGUAUUUUUAAUUUAUUACUUUUGGGAAGUUAACAAUUUAAAAAGAGGAAAAAUUGAAUAAUCACAUGUCCUAUUUAUAACUCAAUUUGAAUAACGUGUGUUAUUUACGACUUUAAACAGCAGAAUUUUGACUUUACAAAAACGUGCGUUCCCGAAGGUGAUCACGAUGUUUGACACAUUUCUUAAUCACGUCUCGUAUCGUAACGCGUUUUUUUCUACCACCAACGAUCACCUAUCGCUGUAAGUUGUUCAGUAGCCCAAACGACAUUCAAAGCCGAAUCUACACUAGAGGGGUUUCCAUGAAAAUGAAAAUUAUGACGAGUUUUUUCACUAACAAGUACUCUAGUUCAAAAACUGACAUGCUUGUUCAGUUCUCGAAAAUAAGGGGGCUAACUUGUUGAGGACGAAACUUGUUGAAGUAAAUAACAAUCCUCUUAGCGAGAUCCUAUCGAGCAACUGCUACUGAAAUGAAGGAUCCUAGCAACUGCUUGGCCGUGAAAGGUCUGGGUUCUAAACUAAUAAAUAACCUGACAAUGACAGUUGUCAAGGAGACCAUGAGUUCUGCUUUUCCGAAAAGUUUUGCUUGAUAAGUGUCUUUGAGAAGGUUUCAGUUAGGCCUAAGAGGGAACCUUUACCUUCACCAAGAGAAACUUCGAAGUGUGUCAGCGGCUAAACUCAUUUAAUAUCAAGAUCACCAACUCAAUUCUCUUCAGCAUUUACCACAUACUUCGUAAGAUUUUGGCUUCGAGAAUUUGCUUUUAAAUCUAUUAAUAUAUCUAAGUUAAGUAUUUUUUUUGUACUCGUCACAACGCCAUGUUAUUGUAAAGGGAAAUCACAUAGUAAAAAGCUUGUAUCUUAGUGAAAAUUGUUCUGUUAUAGUAUUACUACCUUUUGUAGAAGUAAAUCUAAUCUUUUAUUGUUAGAGUGUAACCUUCCUUGGAAGAAUGUUUGUAAUCCAGAAUUGGAUGAAUUUCACAUUUGUACUUCGUAUACCUCAGUUUUAAACACUGUAUAUUUUAUAUAAAGAGCACAGUUGAGA